GAGAUCAUGUGUUUUCUCGCGAGAAGUGCGCUACUAUAUAAAUAGCCCCAUCACCGCCCAUUCUGACUCCAACCUCUCAGCUCGACAAGACAACUAAAGUCCUAACCCAACACAGUUACCUAAAGAUGGCGGCAGGCAAAGCUCAAAUCGGAAAGAUGGCUCCAGAUUUCACUGCCAAAGCUGUGAUGCCAGACGGCCAGUUCCAGGACCUGAAGCUAUCAGACUACAAAGGGAAGUAUGUCGUCUUCUUCUUUUAUCCACUGGACUUCACCUUCGUGUGCCCGACUGAGAUCAUUGCAUUCAGCGACGCGGCCGAAGAAUUCCGUAAGAUCGGCUGUGAGGUCAUUGCCGCUUCUGUCGACUCCCACUUCUCCCACUUUGCAUGGACCAACACUCCACGUAAACAGGGCGGUUUGGGCAGCAUGAAGAUCCCGUUGGUGUCUGACAUACGGCGCACCAUCUCCACAGAUUAUGGCGUUCUGAAGGAGGAUGAAGGAAUUGCUUACAGGGGUCUAUUCAUCAUUGAUGACAAGGGCAUCUUGAGACAGAUCACCAUCAACGACCUUCCGGUUGGACGUUCUGUUGAGGAGACCUUGCGUUUGGUCCAGGCCUUUCAGUUCACAGACAAGCACGGAGAAGUGUGCCCAGCCGGCUGGAAACCAGGAAGUGACACCAUCAAACCUGACGUCCAGAAAAGCAAGGAUUUCUUCUCCAAGCAGUGAUAAGACCAAGGCCAGAGUUUGCCGCCUCAUUUAGCUCUAGAAGAUCUUAUCAUAUAGAUAACAUUUGUACAAGUUAAUAUUUUAUAUCCUGUGUCUGUGGAAGCUUUGAUAGGGGACAUUUUAGUCAUUCAUAUGUGCCUGAUUGUCUUUUAAAAUGUGUGCUUAGGAACAAAGUGUUUGUUUUAUAUUCAUAUAAUGCAUCAAUCUCUGCCUGUCAUUCCUUAUUGUAAAAAAAAAAUGUGGAAAUGAAACCCCAGGUGUGUCACAU